ACCCCAAAAGCAGUAGAUAGCUAAGAUGUUGCUGACCAAGACCCUGGAAUAUCUUUUUUAUUUGGCCCUAUUCGCCUUCAUGUGCAAAUACGCCACGGCAGCGAGCGUCCAGUCCACGGAAGCACCUGAAACUGUCGCGGAAACCCUUCGGAAACCCCAAAAAGCUGAGAGCCUUCUCAAUGGCUGCGAAACAUCUUCGUUCAGUUGGAUGUGCCUUAAGAUCGAGUUUGUCAAGAUCAUGGAAAAACUCGCCGAGCAGGAGGAGCUAAACGUUUUGCCUGGCGUCAGUGUGGUUAAAGAUGAAAAUGCCACGGAACUCAAGACAUCAGAGCUAAUGGCAGAAGUGGCUCGCAGCUAUCCCAGUGAUCCCAGCACUCGCUUGAAUGGCUAUAUAGUGGCCAAACUAGAGAAUCUUCUGAAAACGCGCAUCCUAAGAUUCCGGCUGCUGGACGACAAGUCCCUCGUAGAAGGUCGCAAGCACAAGUUCGGAAAGAAAGGAGGUUUGGAGGCCCUGGUGGCAGCCGGAGUGAUGAUGAAGGGAAUGCUUAUGGCCAUGGGCUUCGGGGCCAUCGCUCUGAUGGCCGGAAAGGCGCUGAUGACAGCUCUGAUGGCCUUGACACUGUCUGGGGUCUUGGGGCUCAAGAGCUUGGCCGGUGGCGGCGGAAAGUCCACCACCUACGAGAUAGUGGCUAAGCCAAUUUACACAUCCAGCCACUCUCACUCGGUAACCCACGAGGAUGGAGGUCAUGGACAUACUCCUCACUUUGCCGCUGGAGGCGGUGGCGGAGGUACUGCCAGUGGUUUUGGAUAUGGAGGCUACGCUAGGUCCCUAAAAGUGGAUCAGUCAGCCAACCAAAUCCAAUAAUUCUAAGCGAGACAAGACACUUUGUACCAUCAUCUCUUAAUUUAUUUAUUUAUUGUACUUUAAGAAAGCAUUACAUGCAUUUACAAUUCAGCAGUUAAAAUUCAUUUUGGGGUUCAUUUUCACAAUAAACUAGUUAUAAACAAGAGAGAUUACUAUAGUCGUGUGUACCCAGUACUCAGCUAAAUGAGUGUGA